AUGGGUGUUACCGCUUUCUUCGACAUCAAGUGGGAGGGUCCCGUCUUUGAGAACGGCCGCCCUACCAGCACCGUCAAGGAGCAGACGGGCCGUAUCAACUUCAACCUCUACGACGACGUCGUCCCCAAGACUGUUGAGAACUUCCGCGCUCUCUGCACUGGCGAGAAGGGCUUCGGCUACGAGGGAUCUUCUUUCCACCGCAUCAUCCCCAACUUCAUGCUCCAGGGUGGUGACUUCACCCGUGGUAACGGCACUGGUGGCAAGUCCAUCUACGGCGAGAAGUUCGCCGACGAGAACUUCGUCAAGAAGCACACCAAGCCCGGCCUGCUCUCCAUGGCUAACGCUGGCCCCAACACCAACGGUUCGCAGUUCUUCGUCACCACUGUCGUCACCAGCUGGCUCGAUGGCCGCCACGUCGUCUUCGGCGAGGUUGCCGACGCCGAGUCCCUGAACGUUGUCAAGGCUCUCGAGGCCACUGGCUCCGGCAGCGGUGCCAUCCAGUACAAGACCCGCCCUACCAUCAUCAAGGCUGGUGCUCAGUAA